AAUGGCCUCUCCGCCUCCCAGCAGCAUUCUCUGCCCCGCAUCUGCCCCGCAUCUGCCUCCGUCCUCUGCUAACCCCCGCCGGACCAACGCAUCCAGCACCCGCUCUUGCUCUCUGCUCUUUGCUGUUGGCUGUUGGCUGUCUCAUCGCAGCGUCUGCUGAGGAUCCGUCCAGUGAACUAUCGCCUGCUUGCUCUGCCUCCUGCCGCCUCAGACUCCGCCAUGAGGAUCGCCCCGAUAUUCCUUGCGCUUCUGGGACUUGGGAUUGCCGGCACAACGGCCACCGACCCACUUCUCGACCCGUAUCCCUCGUACCAGCAGAUCGUUGAUGCCUUUGGCAAGUUUACCCACGACCAUCCGAAUUUGGUCCAGUACCGGUCGAUUGGGUCCUCGGGCGACGGACUAGACAUCCCGGCCUAUCUGUUCUCGGAUUCGUCUGCAGCGGCCGUCAAAGCCAAAUCUUUGAACGACCGGCCCGCUGUGUUCUUCACGGCGCUGACCCACUCUCGAGAGCCGCUCACUGUUAUAACCCUGCUUGAGGCCGCUCGGGAGCUCGUCGACCCCUCUGCUCCAGAGGAUGUCGCCAGCAUCUUGAAAUCCACUCGGGUGUGGUUCGUCCCUAUCGUCAACCCGGACGGAUGGUCCUAUAUCCACAAGCAUUUUCCAACCGUCGGCAGCGACCUCCGCAAGAACCGAGCCAGCACCUGUCGGAACGACUCUCAGUCCGGCGUUAAUCUAGGACACAACUGGGGAUACAUGUGGGACACCUACCUUGGACUGAACGAGACUGUCAUGGCUGCCGACUACGAAGUCGCCUGCGCCCAGGGCUACCACGGCCCCGAGCCCUUCAGCGAGAAAGAGACAGCAUCGCUGCGAGAUUUCAUCCUGCGCGAGAAGCCCAAGACAGGAAUCUUCUUCCACCAGCGCGGCCACAGGGGUCCCUCACGCAUCAUCAUCCCGUACACUUUCCACCCCGAUCCGGACUCGAUUACCCUGCCUCCCGAUCGCGCAGUGCUCCAGAACCUGACGGGAGCCUUGAACCAGGCCGUGGGCGGCAUCUUUGAUGUCGGCUCGGCGUGGUCUCUGAACAGGAGAACCAUCGCCGGCUCGGAGGUGGACUGGACCUUUGAUCAGGGAAACGUCUUCUCGCUCAUUGUGCAGAUUGGCCUCAUGGCAGACGGCUACUGGCCCAAAUCCCCAGAGAUAGCCACGCUCAUUCGACCGCAUGUCCAGACGGUGCUUACGCUGGCUCGUCAGACCCUCUAUCUCCCCAACAAGCGAGCCAAGCCCAACAAAACCAUCAUCCGCCACAUCCAGAACGCAGCCCUGUAUGCGCCGGUGAUCAUGGGGCUGAUUUUGGCCAUGCUUCUGGGGCUGGCCUACGUCGUGGCGCGGUUCCUGGGCUACGACAACAUCUGGGGUCGGUUCUCGCUCAUGAUCAAACGACUGCGAUGGGGCGACUUGCGCGGCGGCUACCGCGGGCUGGCAACGACUGGUGGCAAGUCUGGCGACGAAGAUGAAGACGAAGAUGGCGACUUUGAGUUCGAAAUCUUUGAGGGCGGGAGCCAUAUCGAAGAGCUGGCCGCAGUCGACGAAGAAGACGCUGGGUUUUCUUAUCGAAGAUAGAUCGAGCAACCAUCGCACAGGGCUGCGGAUGAGACA